AUGCGGGGUGCCCUCCUGGCGGCGGCCGGCCGGGGGGCCAUGGGCGGGGGGGCCCUGGCCCGCGCCAUCCGCGCCAAGCUGGAGGCGGCCCUGCAGCCCACCCACCUCCAGGUGCUGGACGAGAGCCCCCGCCACGGCGGCCCCCCCGGGGCAGAGACCCACUUCGCCGUGGUGGUGGUCGGGCGCUUCGCCGGGCUGCCCCCCCUGCAGCGGCAUCGCCUGGUGCACGCCGCCCUUCGCGCCGAGCUGGCCGGACCCCUGCACGCCCUCGCCAUCGUCGCCAGGACCCCCCAGCAAUGGGCCGGCGACCCCCGCGUCCCCCCCCGGCCCCCUUGCUUGGGGGGCUCCAAGCGGGAACGCCGCGGGGACGACGCCGACGACGCCGAGGGUUCGCCCGGGAAUCGGUGA